GGUAAAACGACACACCCGCGUCGCGCCUCCAGUCUCCGAGAUGGCUUUUAGACCGCAACUCCUGCGCACCGUUUUCAAUGGACAUAAUGCCCGAAGACUACACGAGAUUCAUGGUAAAGAGAGAGAGGGGGUCACUAAGCUAAGGGAAGUUCUAGAAGACAGACUACAAGAGAUCAAACGCGCCAAAACAUGGAAACACGAGAGAGUACUGACAUCACCUCAGGAUACUUCGGUUAAAGUUCAAGGUCACGAUGGGGAUUUCCUGAAUUUCUGUGCAAACAACUACCUAGGACUUUCUAACCAUCCCGAAGUGGUGGAGGCGGCGAGAGAAGGGCUAAGCAAGUAUGGAGCCGGACUCAGUUCAGUCAGAUUCAUUUGCGGCACACAAACUAUCCACAAGGAAUUAGAAGAAAGACUAGCUAAGUUCCACGGACGAGAAGAUGCGAUUCUCUAUGGGUCGUGUUUCGACGCGAACGCUGGUCUUUUCGAGUCCAUGUUGACUCCGGAGGAUGCUGUAUUCUCUGAUGCGCUGAACCAUGCGUCUAUCAUUGAUGGGAUAAGACUUUGUAAAGCACAGAAGUUUAGAUACCCUCAUAGAGAUUUAAAAGAGUUGGAGCACCUCUUAGCACACAGCGAAGCUCGACUAAAACUGAUCGUGACCGACGGUGUUUUCUCUAUGGACGGCACGGUCGCUCCUAUACAGGGUCUUCGAGACUUGGCUGACAAGUACAGAGCCUUGUUGGCGGUUGAUGACAGUCACGCUACUGGAUUCUUUGGAGAAACUGGAAGGGGCACAGAAGAAUACUGCGGCGUCAUGGGCGCAGCGGACAUAAUCUGUUCCACCCUGGGCAAGGCAGUGAGCGGUGCGGCUGGCGGCUACACUACCGGUCCCAAAGAGCUGGUGACGCUCCUGAGGAAUGUGUCCAGACCUUAUCUGUUCUCGAAUGCUCCCCCACCGCCCGUUGUUGCUGCUUCUUUGAAGUCUCUGGAGCUGGUGGAACGAAGCGACGACCUACGUCACCGCUUGAAAGAGAAUACUCGGGCGUUCCGCGAUGGUUUGAAGGCAGCAGGUCUGACCGUGGCUGGUGACGACCAUCCCAUAUGCCCGGUCAUGGUGGGCGAAGCAUCCGUUGCUGUGGAACUGGCUUCGGGAAUGUUAGAUCGCGGCAUCUACGUAGUGGCGUUCAGUUACCCCGUAGUGCCGAAGGGGGGUGCGCGCGUGCGAGUUCAGAUCAGCGCUGCGCACACACCGGAGCAAGUACGCCGGGCGGUCCGCGCCUUCGCCGAGGUCGGUCGACGAGCCGGAUUGGUCAAGGAGUGACGUUAUAGUUUUGUUAAGGGUGUGUUCCGAAACUCUACCAGUAUGGCCAGUGGGACGUAUCGGUAACCAAUAAAAUCUCUGCAGUCUUCAUUGAGAUUUGAUUGGCUAAGUUGAUAAAGGAACGACCCUAUGCGUGAUAAAAAUGACACCUCCAAAAUGCAAGACUCUUGCGUGUUUGACAACCAGGAUUAUUUUAGAAAGACUUUAUAUCUGAUGACUACUAUUACUAGUCUACAAUUAACAUAGCUACUACUACUCGAAUAUCUAAAAGAUAUAUUGUUAUAAAUAAAUACAUAUAAAAUACUGUAUUGUUAUCUGUCAGAGCUUAUAAGAUUUUUAAGACUGAUGUGU